UGAAGCAGAAGGAUGAAGCGUGGGCAGGGGAAAGGGUGGGAGUGUACAGAUCUAUGUGUCGGGGUUAACUAACAUUAGCAAGCCAUUUUGUUGCACCUGUUUGCUCAACUUCAUCGGUGAUGGAGGCAAUAUUUGUCUUGUUCUGUCUUUUGGGAGCUGCUGCCAAUGCUGGGAGUACUUCUAAAAUAAAACUGCAUAUAGAAUCUCCUAGCUUACGGCUCGCUGUCUCGAACAAAGCCAAUGUCCAGUGCUGUUACAUCUCCCAGGCUACUUUGAAGGUUUUCUGGGUACGAAAUGUCAUGGAUUCCUUUAACACGAGUGUAAAGAUAGCGGUAAACGGCACAGAUGCAAGAGUGGAAAUUCGCAGUGAGAAGACGGGGUCAGAUACAGUGUGUUCAAAUCUGACUCUAAGCGACGUUGUUCUGAAUGAUACAGGCCUGUAUCAAUGCAUUCUAAGGCAUCCAGACAACACCACCGUCUUUACACCGGGCACCUAUUUACAAGUAUACACCCCCAUACAGAUGAACCUGCACAUCAGUGAGGAGAGUAAGAACAGCAUCAUCACUAUUCAAGGGGUUCUUCUGCUGCUGUUUGUGCUGAUUCCUGGCACCUUCAUCAUCUGCAAGUCAAAGGGCUUACAUGAGCUGGAGAAAAGAAACAACAAAGAGGAAGAAAAUAUUUAUGAGGGUCUAAACCUAGAUGAUUGCAAUUCCACAUAUCAUCAAAUUCAGCGCUCUCUCGUCCAAGGACCAUACCAGGAUGUGCUCAAUAACGAUGAAGACGACAUUCAGCUGGAGAAGCCCUAAAUGUGUGGCUGUAAAGCACCAGGAUCCGUGCCAUACAAACACAUAGUGCAGCUCUAUUACUAAUGUUUGCUUUGUCAGAUGUAGGUAUAAACUAGAGGUGUAACUUAAUACGAAUGUUAUUCUGAUUGAACAGAUAAUGCAUCCUAAAUGAAUACAGACAUGAAAUAUGGAUGAAGUAUUCACUUUUUCUAGAAAGCUUGCCAGCUUCAGGUGUUGAGAUUGUGAGGUUUUUGCUUUUAAUGUUGAGCUUUAAAGGUCAUGGGGAGGGUUGCCAGGUUUGAGCAAACCCAAGACUUGCAGUAUACAUUGAUCAGCUAUAACAUUCAAACCCAAUGAGAGGUAAAGUCAAUAACAACCCACACAUUAUUAUUGUCCAGAGCUACUCGAUCAGACAGAUUUUUGGAGUAUUGAUGCAACAAGUUCGAUCCGUGGCGAUCCCAUUAAGCAACCUACUGGUCUUAAAGGAUCUGCUGCUAACGUCUUGGCGCCAGGUAACACAGCACACCUUUAGGGGUCUUGUGGAAUACAUACCACGAGGGGUAUAAGCUAUUUUGGUGGCACGAGGGGACGUACACAAUUUUAGGCACGUGGUAUCAAAGUUAUGGCUGAUUGGUGUAUAUCUACAAUACGCAGAUAUUAUAUGCAGAACCUGGCAACCCUGCUCACAAAAAAAAAAAACAACAAGGUUCACUUACAUGAUGAUCCUAGUGGGAGAUAAACUGUUUCUUUUUAGCUUGACUGCCUUACUGAGUGCCAAAAUAAAACUACAUUUUGGCCAUAUUUCUGUACAAACAAAAGAAGUAUGCUUUUAUAUAUUCAUACGCCGCUCCAUAUAGCUCAUUAUAAUAAAAUGCUGCAUAAAGGA